AUGUCGGCAGAAUCAGACAGACCCAACCUACCUGCGGAUACGCUCUUCGCGGAGCGAGCCAAUCUGAUCGGCGACUGCCUCUCUCAGAUAGUUUUUGGAGCGAUAGUGGUCAUUUUCCUCCAAACUAUGUAUACUCUUUUCAACUAUCCCAAACAGUGGAGAGUAAAGAGGAAUUGGUUUCUCAUUGCCUACACAUUCGUCUUGUUCACCUUCGCAAUAACCUUUAUUUCGGUUAACAUGAAGUGGCUCCAGCUCAUGUUCAUUGACCACCGCGAGCAUGAGGGUGGUCCACUCGGGUUUUCGAUGACGCAGUACUCCCAACCCGCGGUAUCAACGGCCAACGUAGUCGGUGUGAUGUGUGGGUGGAUGGCAGAUGGUUAUCUGCUGUACCGUUGCCUGUCAAACUUCCGGAUACACGUCUGUGUAAUGUUGGUUCUGUUCCUUAUAUAUCUCGGGUCCAUUGCAAUGGGAUCCCUGUUCCUCUAUCAAGCAUUGCGACCUGGGGCGAGCCUCUUCAACCAUCUCAGCGUUAACUUUGGUGUUCCCUACUUUUCUCUCACCGCCGGUCUUAACGUCUUGAUCUCGUCACUUAUCGUUGUCCAGUGGUUGAUGUUUCGUCGCGAGGUCAAACGCGUGCUGGGACAUGACUAUACCGUGUUCUCUCCUUACGUUGCUGCAGGUCCUCUGCUGAUUGAGAGUUCAUUGAUCUACGCAGUCAACUCCAUCGUAUUUGUUGUACCUUAUGGGCUGGGCAGUCAUGUAGCAAAUAUUUUCCUGCCCCUGCAGGCUCUGGCGCCGGUUUUAUCAUCCAUGCUCAUUGUACACCGUGUCGCCAUGCGACGUGCUUGGGAUUCUCACACGCUCACCACCUCAUUGACCACCAUCGAAGCGCGUUCUAGGCAUCAAAUUCAAGCAGCUGUGAAUGUGGAAGCGUAUGGUGAUGAGAAAAGUCGCGUUUGA